AUGAGAAGUACGAAUCACAACUCUCUUGUUUCCUUCGACCAUCGUAUUGAUUUCCAUUCAGCUGUCAUUCAACGAGUAAAGUCAGCCUCAGUCACGGUAGAUGGCCAACUUGUCUCAACUAUCGGCAAAGGCUUGCUUGUGUUAGCGGCUAUCGGCAUGGAUGAUACUCAGAAGGAGGUCGAGUCCAUGGCCAAUAAGAUCCUAAAAGCAAAGCUAUGGGACAGUGAUGAAGGCGGCAAAUGGAAAUGGGGUGUCAAGGACAUCGAGGGAGAGGUUCUCUGUGGCAACAAGCCCGAUUUCCAUAAGUCUGCCAAUGCAGAAAAGGCAAAGGAGCUCUACGGCCAGUUCUUCAAGAAAGUACAAACUCUGUACCAAGCAGACAGAGUGAAAGAUGGCGUCUUCCAAGCCAUGAUGGAUGUAGCUCUAGUCAACGACGGACCGGUCACUAUCCAGAUAGACACGGAUCCUCCCAAGAUGGACAACCCUACUAGCUUUGAUCUCCCCGGCGACCCUCUCACUCACAAGGGAAAGCUGCAGACAACAUUCGAGCUUCCAGCUUCGCUUCUUGAGUAG